CCUCCGCCUGCUCUUUCUCUCCGCCCCGCCGAGCAGGGCAGGCAGGCAGGCAAGCAGUCCCUCUGGCGAGCAGAGGAGGGCGAAGCAGGCAAGCCGCCCGCCGGGCGAGAGGCGCGCCCGGCCCUGGAAGCGCUGCCGGUUCCGGCACAGCAGCCAGCCGGGGAGGAGAGAGAGCGAGCUUGGCCGGGCUGCAGACGGAGCGCUCCCCCCAGCGGCUUCUCGCUCGCUCUCCUGGCUCUCCUGCUCCGCUCGCAGCCGAGGGAAGCGCCGACGGCUUGUCUCUCCUCCCCCCGGGCAUUCCCGGCCCUCUGGACUGGGCGGAGGGGAAACCCCGAGGGGGAGGGCUCCACCUCCGCCGCCUCCCUCCUGCCUUCCCAGGAGCGCCCGUCGCUCGACAGCCAGCUUCAGCAGCCUUCCUCCGCAAAGCAUCCUCCGUGCGCCCCGUCCGGCGCGCCCGUCGCCACCUGCCCAGCCUCGACGGCGCGCCCCAGCCCGGAAAGCGGGGCGGCGGGGAUGGCCCCCGGGCUGCUGCUCCUUCUGCUCCAGCCUCUGCUGCUGCAGCUGGGGGCGUCGGGGGCCGGGGAGCCGGAGCCCGGGCCGACCUACGACGCGCUCUACGCAGCCGGCGUGGAGGCGCACUCGCAGGGGGACUUCGCCGGCGCCGUGCGCUACUUGGAGGCAGCGCUGAGCGCCGAGCGCCGCCUGCGGGAGGCGCGCCUGGGCUGCGCGCUGCGCUGCCGUCGGGAGGCGCCGCUCGAAGACGCUGAGCCGCGCGAGGAUGCUGCCCGGCGGGACCUGCGCUUCUUCGGCGCGCUGCUCCGCCGGGCGCGCUGCCUGCGCUCCUGCCGCCGGGAAGCGCUGCCCGGGGCGGACUCCAGACACGUCGCCAGCGACGAGGUGCGCGCGGAUUUCCAGCGCAGGGUGCCUUACAGCUUCCUCCAGAGAGCCUACAUCCAGCUGAACCAGUUGGACAAGGCGGCUGAUGCAGCCCACACCUUCUUCCUGGCGAACCCGGAGCACAUGGAGGUUCAGCAAGACCUGGAGAAUUACAGGACCUCGGCGGGGAAGGUGGACCUCAUCGACCGAGAGGCCCGACCGCACAUGGAGGACUAUCUUUUGGGAGUGAAGCAUUACGACAAAGAAGAGUAUCACGCGGCCAUUGAGUUCCUGGAGAGGGCACUGAGGGGCUACCACGUGGCUGAUACAGAGUGCCGGGUCUUGUGCGAAGGAUCACAGAAAUUUGAGGACUAUGAAUACCUGGACUAUAAGGCCACCCUCUACGAAGGGAUCGCAGAUCACUACAUGCAAGUCCUGGUGUGUCAACACGAGUGUGUGAGGGAGCUGGCGACGCGGCCCGGGAGACUCUCCCCCAUCGACAACUUCCUUCCCCUCCAUUACGACUUCUUGCAAUUCGCCUAUUACAGAGUGGGCGAUUACGUCAAAGCUCUGGAGUGCACCAGGUCUUACCUCCUGUUCCAUCCGGACGAUGAAGACGUCUUGGACAACGAAAGCUACUAUGAAGUCAACUUGGAAGGGUUUGUGGACUUGGCGAGCAUCAAGCCUAGAGAGGAAGCUGUGACAUUCUUGAGGCGGCAUAAGCUGGAAUCGUACCUGUUGCGGACAGGAGCAGCUGGCCUGGGUUUCUUGUACACAGAGCCGACGUACUGGAGCAUCUCUGGGGCUCGGCAAGAUGAGCACAGGAUUCCUUCAGGGGUCCUGAGCGACAAUGCAGACGGCUCUGGGAAGGCAGUAGGAAAGAAGACUGUGCCCAGACUGGACCGUGAGCUCAGGGAAGGUGGUCCCCUCCUCUUCAGCGAUGUAAAAUUUGUGUACAACUCAGAGCAGCUGAACGGGACUCAGAGGGUGCUGCUGGACAACGUGAUCACAGAGGACGAGUGUCAGGAGUUGCACCGGGUCGCCAAUGGAAUUCUGCUGGCUGGAGAUGGGUACCGGGGGAAGACGUCACCCCACACACCCAACGAGAAGUUCGAAGGGGCCACCGUCCUCAAAGCUCUCAAGUUCGGCUACGAGGGGAGAGUUCCCCUGGGGAGCGCCCGCCUCUUCUACGAUGUCAGCGAGAAAGCCCGCAGGAUCGUGGAGUCGUACUUCAGGCUCAAUUCCACCCUCUAUUUCUCCUACACGCACCUGGUGUGCCGGACGGCUCUGUCAGGCCACCAGGAGCGGAGGAAUGACCUCAGCCACCCUAUCCAUGCUGACAAUUGCCUCCUGGACCCAGAAGCCAAUGAGUGUUGGAAAGAGCCCCCCGCUUAUACCUUCCGAGAUUACAGUGCUCUCCUGUACAUGAACAGCGAUUUCGAAGGGGGCGAAUUUAUCUUCACCGAGAUGGAUGCCAAGACUGUGACGGCCUCCAUCAAACCCAAAUGUGGACGCAUGAUCAGCUUUUCAUCUGGUGGGGAGAAUCCUCAUGGAGUGAAGGCUGUGACCAAAGGCCAGCGGUGUGCGGUUGCCUUGUGGUUCACCCUCAACCCUCUCUACCGGGAACUGGAGCGGAUCAAAGCCGACGAAGUCAUUGCGGCCUUGAACCAGGAGCGCCUCGGACCCAGUGAAUCUGGCAUCAACCCCAGAGACGAGCUAUGAACUAGGCCACGGACACACCAUUAAAAAAGAGAGAAUAUUUAUUUAA